AUGGAGGAGAAUGUGGACGAGCAACUCAACAACGAAAGCCCGAAACAGGACGAUCAAGAGAUGGAAGAGCUAAAUGGCGAAGUGCAGGCGGAAUCAUUCAACCAGAAAAGCGAUUCGAGCGCGGCUGUUUCCAGUGGUAGCGAAUCGAGCCGUAAUCAGAGCGACGCAGAAGAUGUUGACUGGAGUGUUGAAGCAUCCCACAAACGGCCUCUUACGAGAGCUCGGGCGAAAAAGAUCCGCAAGAAACGAUCGAAAUCUGGAAAUGAUACGAGUGAUGAUUCGGAUGAGGCCACCAAAGAAAAACGAGCUAGAGUGGAACGUAUUCGCGGCGUCAAAAGAGGAGUAAAUGGUGAAAUUUUGGCACUGGUGUGUUUUGAUAACGGCCGCAAUGAUCUCAUAUCCACACGGAUUUUGGUCAAGAAAUGUCCUGAGAAAUUGGUGGAUUUUUACGAAAAAUCACUGAAAUUUGUUCCGCCGAGUUGCAAAGAAGAUAAUCCGCCCGAGUGA